GUUGAGAGAAAACAAUCUGAGAAACUCACACUGAGAGUUUCAGCCAAUCAAACUCAAACGAUUAACAAUCAGGAGACCGUGCUGAUGUGUAAAAGGUCGCAGCUCCUCCUCUGCUGCGUCUGAACAACAACAUCUUAAACAAACACGUUUCUGACUGUCGUCCGUGUAGAGAGGAAGUGACGGCUCUGGGAUGAUUAUUCUCCCGCUGCAGACCGUCUGUUGUGAUGGAUCUGAUUUAUUUCCAGGACAGUGCGCGCAGACCUGGUCCCGUGUCUGAGCUGCGGGCCUAGAACCAGGCUGAAGGUUGGAUCUGUCCAAUGACCUGCCAGUCCUCCGAGUCCACAGACACCAUCGAGAGCGACAGACGAGCCGACAACAACUCCAGAGCUGUGGAAUCAGACGAGAGCCGCAUCGCCUCGGCCAUGAAAGACCUGAAGAACACAGGUUGGUACUGGGGCAGUCUGACCGCUAACGAGGCCAAAGAGAUCCUGCAGGACGCCUCGGAGGGCACCUUCCUGGUCCGGGACAGCUCUCAGAGGGACUACCUGUUCACCAUCUCCGCCAUGACGUCGGCGGGCCCCACCAACCUGCGGAUCGAGUACAAACACGGCAAAUUCAAGCUGGACUCGGUGGUUCUGGUGAAGCCCAAGCUGAAGCAGUUCGACAGCGUGGUCCACCUGGUGGAGCACUACGUCCAGCUGUCCAGGACCGGCGACAAGGCGGCGUCCAACCCUCAACCCUCGGCGGCGGCGCCCAACGGCACGGUGCAGCUGCUGCUCACCAAACCCGUGUACACCGCCACGCCGUCGCUGCAGCACCUCUGUCGCAUCGCCAUCAACAGGAGGACGCGGCGGGUCCGGGAUCUGCCGUUACCCAACAGACUGAAGGACUACCUGACGGACUACACCUACAACGUGUAGGCGGGCUACAGCUCGCCGCGGAGGAAGAUGCGAGCGCAGUCGGCUCUGUGCGACGCCCCACUGACCACUGACCAAUCCCAUCAUGCCUUGCUCCUACAAGGACCCAGCAAGUCAAAGAGUCGGGCGGUAACGAGCCUGAGCAGCUGGAGGAAAAUCCUGCAGGACGUUUGGCUCAGGAAGACAGACGGCUCUCUGAGCACCGUCAGUACUGCUCUGUGGUGAAGUACCAGACCGCAGGGUGAGUUUAAAAACGCCUUCACACGUUCACAGACCGACGCCGCAAACCCAGAUCGUCCGCCCCCAGCCGAGGGCCGCAGCUGACCGUCGGUUCCGUCAUUGAUUUAAAGUUUUAUCGAUUAAACCUGAAACGUUCUGAUUUAACAAAGAGAUCCAGAAGACAACAGCCGCACAUCUGAGACGCCGGGAGCGCCGCCUUCAUUUUUGCUUUAAAAAAGACUUUUCAUGAUCAAAAUAGUUCCAGAUUCACGACCUGUUGCCGCUCCGACUCAGUGGCCCCUGAAGGGCCCGAAUGUAAAACCCGGACCUCCUGUUUUUGUCCGUUUCUGAACGUUUUUGAAGCGUUGCACAGAUGAUGUGUUGAGUGAAUGUUUUGGCGGGAGAGGAAGAGGCCGACGCCGUCAGUCAGAGCGGCGUCUGCAGCUAUUAACUCGAGUCACAGAAACAUCUGAUAGACGCUGAAAGUCGAAGCAGUUAAAUCACCUGAUUUCAUCGGUCGACAGUCGACACGUGAUCUGAAGAUGGUCAGGGUUUUAUCAUCAUCAUCAUCUAUUAAUUAUUUAGUCUCCAAAAAGAGUCCAGCCCAGCGAACAACAAAUAAACCUGACGUGGAAUUAAACGUGUUUCCUGAAGGCUGCAGCUGGCGGUCGGUGUCCUCGCUGAUCUGUUAUUAGUAUUUUUAUUAUUUAUUAUGCGGAGCCCGUUUAUCAUCGUCUGAUUCACAGAUCGACUAACAAACUAAUCCUUUAAACAAAAUCUCCAGUAAAUAUUCAGUUGUUUAUUUUCGUUUUACUUUCAGCCGAGCUGCGAACUAAAAGCUUCUUCCGUCUCUGUUUCCUCCUCCAACAUCCUGACAGACGGAGGACAGGAAGUCAGAGACCCGUGAAAUAAAGUGAGACAGAUCAGAGUCUGAGCAGAACCACAUCAACAGUCUGGCUCCACUUGUUGUUCCCACCUUCAGACGCAGGAAACGCAGCGCUCUGAUUGGCCGCCCGCCGGCCUGUGACCAUGAAAAGUUCACGUUUGUGAGUCAGCAGGACUUCCUGAUCGAUGACAAACAAACAGAGUUGUUUUUCAUCUGAGCACGGUUUAAUGAGUCAGUGUUUGACCUCUCCGGGCUCCGCUUGGACUUUGUCCCCGCUGGAUGUAGUACUCUGCAGCUCUGAGCCAAUCACAGCGCAGAAAAACAAAGACCCCGCGGGGCCUGUUAAUCCCGCUCUGUGGCCCAAUACAUCCUCACUCCAGCUCUCGUAUCAGAUCAAAUCCAGAUCAGAUUAAAGGCUCUCGGUCACAAAUCUGCAGAUUAUAAUCUGACAGAUCUGAUGACGGUUCUGGGCUGCAGGGUCGGGCCUCCUCCGGACCACAAGGAGGCGCUGGUGCAUAACUUUCCUCCUCCUCCCCUGGUCAGGAUCUCCUCAGAGUUUUAGCCUCACAAACACCUUCAGCUGUCUGACGUGACGCCGCGUCUCCAAGUUUAUCUACAAACUUCCCGCCCUCGUGUUGAUCUUUGAUGAUCCUCGCUGUCAUCCCACCCUCUCAGGUCCACUUCCUGUCCCGUGUUACAUUCAGUAACAGUCCCAGCUCGUUAUCGGUCCAUGCAAAAUAAAUCUGGUGCGGUUCUUCGUCUGUAGAACUUUAUUCUUUCAGCAGAUCUUCUGUAACUACAGAACAGACCACCUGCUUCCUGUUUACACGGCGUGCAUGCCUCAUGUACCUGAACGGCCACCAGAUGCGCGUCGUUUUAAUGUAGACGGAGAUCAACUCUGAUCUGCAUCGUGUUGCUUUUAGAACUGUGGAUGGGUUCCCACUCGGUGCAGCCGCAGAAAAGCAACAGCAAGGUUUCAAACAGCUUUACUGAUCCUCGUAGGGUAAUUCAGUUUUCAUCUGCCAGUCGUUUCAAACGAGACGAAACAACAACUACAAUCAAUCAACAUUCAGAAACAGAGCAAAGCAGCGAAUAUGCAGGUCAGAAUACCCGGACCGAGCAGGGACCAUGAUUCAAGAAGAUAAAUAAACCAACCGGAUCAUGAAACUCUGGCCCAACAAAGUGUGAGUUCUGUAACUUAACUUAGAAUUAAGAUGAACGGGUUGCAUUUUAUUUAAUCUAAAGAAAUUAUGGGUUACAUUUAAUUGUUUUUACUCCCUAAUCCUCAAUCCAGACAGACAGACAUGGUUCCUCUUGUGUUUGGUCACAUGAGACCAUUAAACCAAACUCCAUUUAAAAAUCUAUCGUUUUUAGGCUGUUAUUGUUGAUUGUUAAAUAUUAACAGCUGGCGGAACGUAAAACACGAGCUUCUUUUAAAAUCCUGGGUCUCCUUGUGAAUUCGGUUUAUAUUAGAUCCAGUAAGCUGCACUUUAUUUCAUUAAAAGUUUAAUUUAGGCUCCCGCUGUUGGUCACAUGGUGCCCGGCGCUCGUUUUGACACCUGUAACACUGAACACAGGUGGACAGCAGACAUGCUGACGUUUCCUCAGAGAUUCAUUCUGCUUUGAACUUUCAGCUGCUUCCUGUUUUAGCAGCUUCUUUCUGUGACUCCGCCUCCUUUUUGGCGUCACGCUUCCAGUUUUGUGAGGAUCAGUUUAAAUGCAGGACGUGGCGGUCACUCAGGUAAAACGGGGCUUUGCCGCACAUGUCGUCCACAGGUUCGAUGCCGUCGACUCUACAUGAUGUUCCUGUUAAUACCCACUUUUUGUCUUAUGGUUUAUUUUCUCCAGAUACGAUUUCACGGCGAUAAAGUGCAUCUUCUCUAGACAUAAAACUCUUCAAAUGAAUAAAACUUUACUAGUGAACAUAAAACACAAGGAUCUUUUGUACAUUUCACGGCUGUGGGACAGAUUCUGUUCGGGUGGACCCUGCAGCUCUCGCCCUGUUUGAUUAUUAAAACAUAUUUAUUGAUUGUGUCACACUGUUUCCUGGUACAUUAUUUUGUAAAGAGGCUGCACAGACUGAAAGCUUGUGUUGUCCUGAAUCUGUGCAGCAGUUCAGCCUCUGUAUCGAUCAGCUCCACGAGAUAAAUAAAGUUUUUAUUUGGUGCUUCA